AUGGUCAUGACUCAAAAGAAGAAUCGAAAUCCCAAUGCACAAAACUCGAAGGCAAAUGGGGCUCCCGCCACCAAAAUCCUUGGGAAGAAACGACCCCGGGAAGAAGACAGCGGAGAUGACGAAGACGUAGGAACCAAACUUGAUGCGGUGCAAGUUAAGAAGCUUAAACAAAUGAUUGUUGAGGAUGCCGACGAUUCUGGUAGUACGGAACUCGAUGCUGAAGAAGAGAUCGAGGGCGAUUCCGACGAAGAUAGUGAAGAAUAUGGCGAUGAGGACGAUAGCGACCAUAAUGGCGAUACUGAGGAUGAGCUUCCUGAAAAGGUUGUUAAGCUGGCUAACUCCCGCGAAAAGACACAGCAUCAGCAAACGCCUGUCAAGUCCAAUCAGGAAAAGUUGAAGGCUACUGCCAAACAGUCGGAGCAAAAAGUGGGGGUGCAAAAGCAGUUCAGAGUGUCGGCAUCUAAUAUUCUGCUCUUUAACAUCCCGAGACUAAACGAGAAUGAAUUACAUGGUUUCCUCGCAAAGCGCAAUGUGCAUCCAGAGUCGAUAUCCUGCAUCAACUCGCCGGUCGCUCUUCUCGGGUUUGCAGAUGAUGCAGCCGCAAAAAAGGCAGUUUCGGCAUGUUCUGGGGCGGCUUAUAGUCAAGAUACUCUUGCCGUUGUGCCGGUUACAGAUGGCGAUAUUGGAAUGAUUCGGUCAAAUAAAAACCCCCACCCGGGUCGGCCUGACGCUCCUCUCACAUGCUUGUUUGUGGCGUCUCUUCCGAAGUCCAUAACGGAGAAGGAGAUUCUAAAGGUUAUUGGUAUUGAGCCGAAGCACCUGCGUCUUAUGACCUCAGGACCCAAAAAUUACCUGACAAACGCGUGUUACAUUGAUUGUAACUCCGAAGAUGACGCAAGAAAGGCUUUCCAAGCACUUCAGAAUCAUCAAUUCGGUGAUGUGCAGGUUAAAGUAUAUUUGAAACCCCAAAGCAACUUCAACCCUGUCACCGAAACCUCACUGAUCGUUACUAAUGUGCCCUUUAGCGCCGAGAUUGAUGACGUUAAGAAGCAGUUUCCAUCUGCCAAAAAGGUUGAGCUAACGCGAAGGGGGUGUUUCAUGCUUAGCUUCGGUAGCGCAGAGGAUAGGGCUAGAGUUCUUAAGGAGUCGGAAGGAAAGAUCAUGGGGGGGCGCACUUUGCGUUUUAUAACCUCCGACAAAUCUGCUGUCGACUACCCUGUUUUUGUUUCCAAUAUCGCAUUCGCUGUGUCGGCCGAUGAACUGAAAGCUGCUUUUCCUGGAUGCAGGAAUGUUUUCAUGAGGAAAAAGAAUGGCCGAUUCAAUGGUAACGCAAUCGUAUACUUUACGACCAAGGAAGCAGCAGAGGCUGGGGCGAAGGAGGGCGCUAAGAAAGAACUUAAGGGAAGGCUUCUCAAGACGAAGGUGCAAGACCAGUCUGCUGAUCCUUCGAUUGACAAACAGAGUGCCGCCAGCCCCAAAAAGGGAACCGAAAAGCCGAAGCCUCGGGUAGAGAACAAGGCUAAGGCAGUGCUUCCUGCUCAAGUGGGAAGCGAAUCUGAAGAAGAGGAUGAUGAGGAAGAUAAAUCCGGUGAUGAGGAGAUCGAUGAAGGCGAUAGUGAGGAUGAUAGCGUCGGUGACGCAGAGAAUGAUAUGGUUGAGGAAGGUAGUGAGUCUGUCAGUGGUGUUGAAGAGGAUGCUCCAAUCACAGUGGUGGUGGAAAACGUGGGGGUCGCGGAGGACGAGGCGGCGGCUUCCCUCAUCGUGGAAGCCGUGGCGGCGGAGGUUUCCAGAACCGUGGUAGUCGUGGGGCGAGAGGACGCGGAGGACCUUUCAAAAAAUAAUCGUGAUUUAUGUGUAAAUCAAAUGAGCAACCUGUACCGUGUAUCGCCGCCCGUGGGUGACUGCCGUAGCGCGCUAGAUUCGCGUAGUUUGUGUGUGUACGACUAUCCGGGAGGGUUGAGCGAGGCCGACCUCUACCCUCUCUUCCCCGCCGCUGUCAGCAUCUCGUGUCAGCGAAGGGGUUCUUCAUCUUCUUGUUUGGUACAAUUUCAAUCGGAUGCCUAUUGUCAGGCUGCUCUCGUCGAAUGUCAAAAUGGCAAACUCAUAGGGGGUCGACCUGUGCAGGCCCGGAUAGUUCCUUCCAUUGGCUCAGAUCAUAAUUUUGAUGGCUAUAGUGGUAGUGGAUAUGCUCUAGCAGAUCACUCCCGCAUUGGACCUGGUGACGAGCAUAAUCCUAGAGAUUAUGGCAGUUAUCUUUGUCAAAGACCCGAUUGCACGCUGCGCAAUUUAGCGUGGUCCGUGACAGAAGACGAUCUGAUCCGGGAAUUCCUGCGUGCAGUCAGUGUUUCUAUAGUGUUCGAUGGAGAAAACCGAUCUCAAGGAGCUACUACUUCAGAUCGCUACAAUCGUGCCGGUGGCAGUGGACGUAGAAGAGGAGGCGGUGGUUACGGUGGUGAGGGUAUGCACCUCCGUCGUCGAUGCGAUGAUGUAGAUGGAAAUGAACGAAGAUCUUGUGGCGUCAGCAAUGUUGGUGGAUGCUUCGCAGGAAUGCCCCGCAACAGUGGUGGACGAUUCGAUCGGGAUCGACGAGAUCGCAGUCCAGGGCACCGACGUACCGGUGGUAGUGGGGCUAGAAUUACUUCUGCCGUUAUCCGCCGCGCUCCCGGCGAUUCAUCUGACUCCGAUUUCGACAAUCGUGGUUAA